AGAGAGACUAAUAGAAGUUACACAAAAAUUUCUACUGAAUGAAUUUCCCCACCUUCUUGGUGACUGUACACCUGCAUUCCUUAUAAGGAGAACAAGGAAGUAAACCAUGUUGAAGUUGCUCUUAAACACAGCUUUUCUUCUUUACCUGCCCAGGUAGCUUCUAUUUUCAUUUCAGUCUUAAUGAAAACUUUUUAAUUUACAUCUCAAGUUUCUUUUCGAAGCAGUCGAGAACUGAAACGGAUGGGGAUUGAACUGCUCUGCCUGCUCUUUCUAUUUCUAGGAAGGAAUGAUCACGUACAAGGUGGCUGUGCCGUGGGAGGGGCAGAAACCUGCGAAGACUGCUUGCUCGCCGGACCUCAGUGUGCCUGGUGUUCUCAGGAGAAUUUUACCCAUCUGUCUGGAGUUGGAGAAAGGUGUGAUACCCCAGCAAAUCUUUUGGCUAAAGGAUGUCAAAUAACCUUCAUCGAAAACCCUGUCUCCCAAGUGGAAAUACUUAUGAAUAAGCCUCUCAGCAUAGGCAGACAGAAAAAUAGUUCCAACAUCGUUCAGAUCACACCUCAAAGCUUGGCUCUUAAGUUGAGACCCGGCAGUGAACAGACUCUGCAAGUUCAAGUCCGCCAGACGGAGGACUACCCGGUGGACCUGUAUUACCUCAUGGACCUCUCGGCCUCCAUGGACGACGACCUCAACACGAUCAAGGAGCUGGGCUCCCUGCUUUCCAAGGAGAUGUCUAAAUUAACCAGCAACUUUAGACUGGGCUUCGGCUCUUUUGUGGAAAAACCCAUCUCCCCUUUCAUGAAAACAACACCAGAAGAAAUCGCCAACCCUUGCAGUAGUAUCCCGUACUUUUGCUUGCCUACAUUUGGAUUCAAACACAUUUUGCCACUGACAAAUGAUGCCGAAAGAUUCAAUGAAAUUGUGAAGAAUCAGAAAAUUUCUGCUAAUAUUGACACCCCGGAAGGUGGAUUUGAUGCAAUUAUGCAAGCUGCUGUGUGUAAGGAAAAAAUUGGCUGGCGGAACGACUCCCUCCAUCUUCUGGUCUUUGUGAGUGACGCCGAUUCUCAUUUUGGAAUGGACAGCAAACUGGCUGGCAUCGUCAUUCCUAAUGAUGGGCUCUGUCACUUGGACAGCAAGAAUGAAUAUUCCAUGUCAACUGUCUUGGAAUAUCCAACAAUUGGACAACUCAUUGAUAAGCUGGUGCAAAAUAACGUCUUAUUGAUCUUUGCUGUAACUCAAGAACAAGUUCACUUGUACGAGAAUUAUGCAAAACUCAUUCCUGGAGCUACAGUAGGAGUACUUCAGAAGGACUCAGGAAACAUUCUCCAGCUGAUCAUCUCGGCUUAUGAAGAACUGCGGUCCGAGGUGGAGCUGGAAGUGUUAGGAGACACAGAAGGACUCAACCUGUCAUUCACAGCCAUCUGCAACAACAGCACCCCCGUUCCACACCAAAAGAAAUGCUCUCACAUGAAGGUGGGAGACACAGCUUCAUUCAGCGUGACCGUGAGUAUACCAAACUGUGAGAGAAGAAGCAGGAACAUUAUCAUAAAACCCGUGGGGCUGGGGGAUGCCCUAGAAAUACUUGUCAGUCCAGAAUGCAGCUGUGACUGUCAGAAGGAAGUGGAAGUGAACAGCUCCAAAUGCAACAGCGGGAAUGGCUCCUUCCAGUGUGGGGUGUGUGUCUGCAACCCCGGCCACAUGGGUCCUCGCUGCGAGUGCGGGGAGGACACUCUGAGCACAGACUCCUGCAAGGAGGCCCCGGAACAUCCCUCGUGCAGCGGAAGAGGUGACUGCUACUGUGGGCAGUGCAUCUGCCACUUGUCUCCCUAUGGAAACAUUUAUGGGCCUUACUGCCAGUGUGACAAUUUCUCCUGCGUGAGACACAAAGGGCUGCUCUGUGGAGGUAACGGCGACUGUGACUGUGGUGAGUGCGUGUGCAGGAGCGGCUGGACAGGCGAGCACUGUAACUGCACAACCAGCACGGACCCGUGCAUCUCUGAAGACGGGGCACUCUGCAGCGGGCGAGGGGACUGUGUGUGCGGCAGGUGUGUGUGCACCAACCCUGGAGCCUCAGGACCGACCUGCGAACGCUGUCCCACCUGCGGCGAUCCCUGUAAUUCUAAACGGAGCUGCAUUGAAUGCCACUUGUCUGCGGAUGGCCAGACCCGAGAAGAAUGUGUUGACAAAUGCAAACUAGCUGGCGUGACCAUCAAUGAAGAAGAAGAUUUCUCAAAGGAUAGUUCUGUUUCCUGUUCUCUGCAAGGAGAAAAUGAAUGUCUUAUUACAUUCCUAAUAACUACAGAUAACGAAGGGAAAACCAUCAUUCACAGCAUCAAUGAGAAAGAUUGUCCAAAACCUCCGAAUAUUCCCAUGAUCAUGUUAGGGGUUUCACUGGCUAUUCUUCUCAUUGGGGUUGUCCUACUGUGCAUUUGGAAGCUGCUGGUGUCAUUUCAUGAUCGGAAAGAAGUUGCCAAAUUUGAAGCAGAAAGGUCAAAGGCCAAGUGGCAAACGGGAACCAAUCCACUGUACAGAGGCUCCACCAGUACCUUUAAGAAUGUAACCUAUAAACACAGGGAAAAACAAAAGGUGGACCUUUCCACGGAUGGAUAGAACUACUUUAUGCAUGGAAAAAGUCUGUUUCACUGAUACAAAAUGUUAAUGCACUAUUUAAUUUUUCUUCUUUGUUGCUUCAAAAUGAGGUUGGUUUAAGCUAAUAAUAGGUCAUUCAGAGAUCAGUCAUUCUCUGUGUGAAGGUUAGUGAUGAUGUUGGCAGGUUCAAAAUAAUCAAGAAGAGAAAUAUCCUUAGCAAAGGGGUGACUUUGGGGAUCAUUUCAGGAACACAAACUCUAUUACAUUAAUACCUCAAAAAUCAUCAAAAUGAUUCAUGCGGGCCUGAUUUGCAUUUGAAAAAUGUUUGAAAUUAGAAUCUCAUUUGUUGCAGGCAUACAGCUACCUAAAGUCUCUGUCUGCAAAGUCACAAAGUCCAUAUGCUCACGUUAUAUAUGCACACUUGCCAAUUAAUUCUAAACUUUUAGUAAAACUGUCCUUUCCUAAAGGAGGAUUUUUUUUAAAAACCUAUGAAAAAUGAGAUGCUGAAUUUUACAUUGGCUCAAGGAUGCAAUUCUAAAGAUGUCCCACAUGUAAGAAUAAAAAUUAAGAGUUAAUAAUUUCUGUGGAUUUGAAUGUACCUGAAAGUCAGGUACACAGACAUGUAUUUUAUUUGUUUUCCAGAAGAAGAAGAAGUAAUUUAUAAAUUAGGAAGUCACCAGUGGGAAAAAAAAAUAACAAGCUUAGCAUUUAGAUUAUUUUUAACUAUCUGAAAAGUAAACUUCUGUACUCAGUUUCCCUGAGUUUUUAGGCUAUUACUUCUUAAGUAUUUCUCAAUCCAUUUUCCUCAGUUUCACAAUUGUCUAAACCCUGUAAAUGUCAUAUGAAAGUUUUAAUUUCCUGUUAAAAAAUUACUUUAAAUGGCUAGAUAGUUUACUCAAAAAGAGCUCCAAUAAUACAAAACGAUCAUGGGUUAAACAGAAUAAAAAUUUUUAAUAGUUUUAAAUAAAACACUCAUAAGAGGACACAGGUAUGUCAUGACCUUUUAAAAAUCUAUAUUCUUAUCCCAUUUGCAUAACCGAGCUUGCACAUCUCAGUUGCAUAUGGUGAAUAUCUUACUUUAAAAAGUAAGACUUUACUUAAAAAAUACAUGUGGCUAAUUAGCGAUCCGUAGGUUGAUUGACCAGAUGAACUCUUGUAAUUAAUACUGCUUUGCAAAGCACUUUCAUCUAACUUGAUCCUCAUAAGGAAACUAAGCCUCAGAGAGUGGGUAGAGCUGGUGCAGAAUCAAGACCUCCUGGCUCCAAGCCAUUGCUUCUCUCCACCAUAUGAGACUGACUCUUGACAACGAAAUGGUAGAAAGAUUUUGCUAGUGAAGUGAUAACUUGCAUUUAUUUGAAAAUAUAGUGACUAAGCAAAUAGCACUUAAACCACUGAAAUAUAGGUGAGGUCUUGUACUUUUGUGCAACGUUCAUUACCUUUGAGUAAACUGUAAACUGAAGCCUUUUACUAGGUGAGUAGUUCAUUAGGUAAUGGCGGCUUCAUGUUUAUCCACCGAACUGGCACCGAGUAAUCUAUUUUAAGUCUCUUCAGUUCUUAUCAGAUAGCUCAGUACACAUUGGAUCACUUGGAGGCUUUUUUUUUUUUCAGGUUUCUAAAUAUCUCAGGUAAAUUAGACACUUGGGGAGUAUACAGUCAUUCUAAAAGAAUUGCUAAACAAUCACUUUGGAAACCUGAAGGGCUGAUGUACCCACUGCAUUCCUGACCGAAGCCCAGGGUCGGUGGGAAAUCUUGAGCAACAAGGAAGUUGCAUUACCGAUAACACAACAGUGGUGUUCACCUCUACAUGUGACAUUUUUGUAUUAUUAUUGGAAUGGGGUUUUAGAAUAUAUAAAUUUCCUUUGUGUGUAUAUUGGGGAAGGUAGAAAAGAAUACUGUUUUGACCCAAGGCUGGACCUUAAAAAGGUCAAAACAUUAACAGUAGUACUUCUGUUCACUGAAGAGUUAUGUUACAUGAAGCUAAAAUGGGUUUUUUGUAAGUUGUUUUAUUGUAUUUUGUGUUGACAUAAAUAAACAUGGUAAUUUAAACAAUGAA